GCUACUUAUGCGUCAACAGAAACCAUUCUUUCUAAAAUGUCAUCUCUAACAUAUUUUUUUGGAGAAACAACAAACUUGAAUUAUGAUAGUUGCUAUGCACAACUAACUCCAUGUGGAUUAUUAUGUGAAGGCACCAUUUCUAUAGUAAAUCUUCUAUCAUUCAGAUCAACAUUGACUCCUGCAGAACCAUCUCAAUUUCCAUUUUCCAGUGUUGUCAUGUCUUUGCUCUCUUCAGGUGAUGGCUAUCUGAAUCAUGACCUACUUAGCAACCACAAAUAUGCCUCUCUAUCAUUUAGGACUUCCCCAUAUACAAUACAGACUGAAGUACUCACUUGGAAUACAGGCUUAAACUUCACUGAUAUUUUGUCAACUUUCAACUCUACCACCAUGAUGAAUGCUUCUGCCCACAGGACAGGAUUGCCUCCUGAUAUAAGUCCAACAGAUCAUUAUUGCAGUGACAAUACUCUGGCCUUGGCAAUGUACAGCACUUCAGAAUUCAACAUAUCCUUCUUUGUCAAUUCCCUAGAAAUUGGAUUGCUAUUGAGAAGCAGCAGCAUACCUGAAGCAUCUCUUUACCCUUCAUUAUCUUCUCCAGUGGAACUGGCAACAUCAUUUGGACUUUUUAAUAUAUUGCUAACAAAAAAGUUAUUACCUGACAAGGCCAGCACAGAGGGAACUAACAUCUCUGAAAAUGCAGCAGAAUCUUUUCUGACCAUUCCACAAACAUACAGACUUUUAGUUACAAAAGAUAAAAGCUCAGCUCUUACUAGAACCAAUAAAGCCACUGUUCUCUGGGGUAAACAACCACAUUUAAUUUAUGUUUCAAAAUCUAGUGCCCCCAUUUUAAGCAGCAAGUUCCAUAGUGAAGAAAAUCUACAUUCUUCUGAAGUUCUGCUGCUUAUCUGGCCUACAGAAGUUGCUGAUACCCCAAAGUUAUGUUUUUCUACAAAUGAAUUUGACUCUUAUGACAGCAGUAUCAUUAGAACUCAUGUGGCAUAUCCUGAUGCUUUACAGCUAGAUGAAAGUGAUUUAAGCUUGGAUAGUCCACUUGGAACCAAAAUGAACUUCCAGAUGACCAGGAAGCUCACCUCAAAACUUUUGGAAGAGUCAACUGUUACCUUCCAUAAAGAAAUACCUACAGAGAGAGGAUUCUAUGCUACUACUUUGUACUAUGGAGCACAAGGCCAGACAAACACCUCACCAAGAGUUGUUCAUGCAAUUCAGUGGGUAACAGCAACAAUUGGACACAAGUUCUCCUUUUCAGUACCUUCAGACACAUUUUAUGAUCAAGAGGAUGGAAAUACAACCCAGCUGACCCUUGGAAUAAACCCAGUUGCUGGGCCACCAACAGGUCAAGAAAGCUGGCUGCAAUUUAAUUCAGAUGAUCAAACUAUGUAUGGCUAUCCACUUGCUAAUGAUUUCCAGUAUUCACCACAGGAAUUUUUACUCUUUGCUACCGAUUCAGGAGGACUGAGAACUUCAAGUAUUCUGACAAUAGAAAUACUCAGACCAACCACUAUCCCAUGUCACAUUUAUACUAUAAGAACAAAAAAUAGUUAUCACUCAUUCCUGAGAGACAGGGAAAGAAUUAACUUGUUUUUUGAGAAGCUUUCCAAGUAUUUGACUGCUGGCGACAUUGGCAACCUAGUACUACUUCAGCUCGAACCUGGGUCCACUGUGAUUACAUGGUACAGCAAGUCUUUUUGCACAGGGAACAAAUGUGCAAUACCAGAAAUCCAGGGUGUGUUGCUCAAACUAGGUGCACCUGGUGGAAAUGCCAAUUUAGAUUUUGUUGAGGCAAUGUUGCCAGACUACAGAAUUGUUCAGACUGAGGAUGUUGCAUAUGGUGGAAUCUGCUUACCGACAACAAAGCCAUUGAACGAAUCUGUAACUUCAAACAAGCCCUUAGCUACUUUUAUGGACAAUCUUUGGAUAAGAAACAUCUCUGCCUUCCUAAUCAGUAUAUGUAUUACAAUUAUGGUGAUUCUGAUAGCUGCAUUCCACUACUGUAAAUAUCACAAGAAAUUAUUUGGAUUGCUAUCUGCACCUGUUCAAGGAAAACCCUUCUUAAAUUACAUUGAUUUGGAGAUGGAUAUGUUGAAAUCCCGGAAAUCACCCAAACUUGAACAAGAGAUCCCCCCAUCAGCUCAGCUUUGGUUACCUGUGCCAACACCUUCACACAUGUAUCUCUGCAGACCAGAUAGAAAGCUUGUUGCCUCAAGGCUACCUCCACCUCCAAAAUAUAGACUUCCACCAUUAUAUGGAAAGGAACAAUCUCGUCAGACUCAUAAUGAGCUUUAAGUUAUAGCAGUUAUUAUCUCAAAGCUAGACUCUACCAAGAACAGAAUGUAGGUAAGAGACAAUUGUUAUUGUUAUGUGAGAAUAAAGUGGCUUUAAAAUAAAAAGUGGUCAACAGGCAUAAUUAGAAAUUUGAAAAUAUUGUAAUUAUUCAUGAUGACAUAAUGAAAGACAUAGCUAAGUGCCAAGUAAACUAGAAUUUUGUUCCAUGAGGCUAUUUACCAAAAAUGCACACACCCUUGCCAUGCACACUAAGUCUGGAAAAACUCUGGCUGUAUUACUAGCAAGAACAGUAAGUAAUAAGGUGCUAUAUCACCACUUGCACUUGCUUUGACUUCUGUAUGCUCUGGGACAAUAAAAAUGAUCCCCAACCAUACUGUAGGUAUGUUAAUUUGUAACAAGCAGUGCUUUUUUU